AUGACGGAUAGGAACUUGUACACUGUUGGGUGGAUUUGUGCUAUCCACACAGAACUCGUCGCAGCGUUGGCAUUGUUGGACGAGAGGCAUAACCGCCCGACAGAGUUGGAUCCAAACGACUCCAACAACUAUCAGCUCGGCAAGAUUUCCGGCCAUUACGUCGCAAUUGCUUGUCUACCCGACGGCGAGCAAGGAAUAGCUGCUGCUGCUGGCGCUGCGACUAAUUUAUUACGAAGCUUUCCCAACAUCCGCUUCGGAUUAAUGGUAGGCACUGGAGGAGGUGCUCCAACACGCCAGAACGAUAUUAGACUCGGCGAUGUAGUUGUCAGCACUCCUAAAGACGGCAAAGGAGGAGUCUUUCAAUACGAUUUUGGCAAAACCAUGCAGGACAAAGCUUUUGUCGAAACGGGAUUCUUGGAUCAGCCUCCCAGUUUGCUACGAGCAGCAGUAGCCGGGCUUAAAGCUGACUACGAAAUGGAUGGUCAUACGCUGACUGAAGAAGUCAACAAGGCCCUUCAAAGGAAGCCACGACUCCAAAAGACAUACAGUCGCCCACAGACCGGCGAUAUACUAUACAAAUCUGCCUAUACACACAUAUCUGGACCAUGGGAAGCUUGCGAGGCAUGCGACGAUGAUCCGUCCAACUGUAUACCACGACGUCCGCGAGAUGAGAACGACGACGAUCCAGUCAUUCAUUAUGGAUUAAUUGCCUCCGCCAAUCAACGCAUGGAAAAUGCCAUAAUCCGUGACAAAAUCGCAAUGGACAAGGGUGUCUUAUGCUUUGAAAUGGAGGCAGCGGGACUGAUGAAUCAUUUCCCAUGUCUAAUUAUUCGUGGGAUAUGCGACUAUGCCGACACUCACAAAAAUAAUAAAUGGCGGGGAUACGCAUCCAUGAUGGCGGCGGCGUACGCGCGGGAUCUUAUAAGCCGACUUCUUCCUGAUGAAGUGCAGGAGAGUAAAACAGCAAAUGAGAUUUUACUCAGUUUGACCGACCACAUGAGCGAGCUUACUUUCAACACCGAUAAAAUCGCCCAUAAACUUGACCUUGCGAAGCUGUCAAUUGCCGAGGGUGCAGAGUAUGGUUCAUACGCAGACCAACACGAGGAUGAAUGCCUUCAAGGAACUCGGACCAAGAUUCUCCAUGACAUUGAGGAGUGGGCCACAACAUUAUCGAGCAAAUGCAUAUUCUGGUUAAACGGAAUGGCUGGUACUGGAAAAUCUACCAUAUCCAGGACAAUAGCAAGACACUUUCAAGCAAAACAACUACUGGGCGCCUCAUUCUUCUUUAAAAAGGGUGAAGCGGACCGCGGAAACGCUACACGUUUUUUCUCGACCAUCGCUUCACAGCUCCAAACUAGGAUUCCUGGAAUGGGCGAUCAGUUGAGAAAGGUCAUCGAUUCUGAACCUCAAAUCUCGACUAGAUCACUUAAGGAGCAGUUUGAAAGGCUUAUUGUUGGGCCAAUAUCCUGCUUGAAAGCUGCCAACAGCCAGCCUUCUUUUUUGGUGGUGGUGAUUGAUGCUUUAGAUGAGUGUGAUAAUGACAAAGAUAUUCAAGUCUUACUCCAUCUGAUACCACAGCUACAAGUAAGUAGCUCUAUGCACUUCCGAUUAUUUAUCACCAGCCGGCCCGACCUACCGACUCGACUUGGGUUUAAAGACAUGGGAGAAAGCUAUUAUCAGGACCUCAUUCUUCAUGAGAUUCCUGAAGCCGAUAUUGAACACGACAUUCGUUUUUUCUUAAAUCAUAGGCUUGCUGAAGUUCGCAAAUCCAGGAUGCUACGAGAGGAAUGGCCUGGCGAGAUAAAUAUCAACACUCUUACCACAAUUUCCACUCCCUUGUUUAUCUUUGCGGCGACUAUGUGUCGUGUGUUUGAAGACCAUGACUUGGACCCUCAAGCAUGUCUAGAUGAGUAUCUGGAGUAUAAGGCGGAAGACUCUAAACUAGACGCGAUAUACCUCCCAAUAUUGGAACGAAUAUUUUUGAAUGUCCCGAAUGAUGAAAGCCAGCCAAUAAGACUCUUCCAUCUAUCUUUUCGCGACUUCUUAUUACAUCAUAAAACUCCUGAAAAAACGGCGAUCUGGAUAGAUAAGAAAGCAACAAACCAAAAGUUAGCUAUGCAGUGUCUCGAUAUCAUGUGCAGUUCUUUAAAGAGGAAUAUCUGCAAUCUGCCAAACUACGCUUCGAUUGCAGAGGAGAACCAUGACUAUGAAGUGUCGGAGCUCGUUGAUGACGCUAUGCGAUACAUUCUUAGAAAUGAAAGAAUGAUAACGGAAAAACCUCUUCAGCUUUAUCUUUCGGGAUUACUAUUUGCCCCAGCAGUGUCUGCAGUUAAACGACAAUUCAGCGGAGAACUGCCAGAUUCCAUAUCGAUGACACAGAAUGUCGAUAGUUCCUGGGGUGCAGAAUUAGGAGAACUCCAAGACUCUGAAGAUCCCACUUGCGUGGCGCUUUCCCCAACUGGCGAUUUACUUGCAGCUGGGUUUCCAGAUAUGACCAUACGGGUCUGGACCACUUACGCAGGCCUUUUAUUCAACUGGUGGAGCGUUGGUGAUGCCGUCAUGAUCCAAGCCAUCGCAUUCUCUCCAGACGAGAAAUUGCUCGCAUCUUGCUCUUCUGGUCCAGGAAAACUACAAUUCUGGGAUCCAUCCAAAGGAACCUUGCUGAGCACUUUUGAUGAGGAUGUGGAUGAGGUCAGGUCUUUGGUAUUCACUGAUAGGGAUGAUCGAUUACUAGCAUCCGGUGACGAUGAAGGCACCAUAAUUAUUUGGGAUACAACCACUGGCGUCCAACGGGAACAUAUAAUGAAGCAUAUGGGACCCGUUAUCGAUAUAUCUUUCUCACCAGGAGGGCAACUGCUGGCGUCAAUUCACGAGAAUUUAAUUGGGAAAACGGAUCAAUCUGAAGACGAAAUUGCUGUUUGGGAUCUCAACAGAUACAGUUUGACCCAGAUUUUUAAAGACAAACUUGGGAUGUGUCUUUUAACUCUAUUUUAUGGAGACGAUGAGACCCUGGUAUCUAUCGGCGAAUCUAUUAGGCUAUGGGAUGCUACUGAUGUAUCACCAAAUCAAAGACCACAUGAGAAGCAUGUCAUAUCUGUCGUCUUUUCAUUUGAUGGUCAGCUUCUAGCUACUGUUUGUCAUGCUGGCAGCAUCCUCAUCUGGAAGGUUACCAGCGAAAACAUAAUUCAGAAUCUAGGGGACCGAUAUAACGGUAAUAUUUUGGCCUUCUCACCAUCCAAUACGCUAUUGGCUUUCAGUUCUUCCCCUGGAGUCGUCAACCUAUGGAAUAUCAACACAGAGAUGCAACAAUCUACCAUUGAUGCCUCUGGUGAAAUCUAUUGUGUCGCUUUUUCGCCAGAUGAUCAACUAGUAGCAUGUCUAGUUGGUCAUCAAGACAUCAAGAUUUGGGAUAUCUCUACUCAAACAUUCAAGACUACUAUACACAAUUCAUAUUUUUAUCCACCUAUUAACUCAAUUGGCUUUUCUCCUAACGGCCAAUACCUAGCUUCCUCCACGCUAUUCCCUCAUCAUAACCCACACGAGCGGCUGAUCAAGGGUUUUCGUCUCCCCAACACAGAUACAGCGGAUUUUGACUUCUGGAUUUCUGAUACAAAACUCCACUUCAGCCGUGAUGACAUCAACAGCAUUCAUGACUUUCCUGUCUUCGAACUUUGGACUCCACAAGGAGAUUUAGACCGAGAGAUGGUCUCCAAACGGAAUCAUGAACGGACGACUGACUUGCAGAACCAACUUGUAGUAGAUGGCGAGUGGCUCUGUUACAAGGACGAAAAAGUCCUAUGGCUUCCUGAUAGCCAUCGGGCGAGUUGUUGGGCCUCUAAUAAUACAACCGUUGCCAUUGGACAUUCUUCCGGAGGGGUUACAAUUAUUAAAAUUUCGCCGCAAUUUGGUUGCAGUGAGUCUUAA